AUGGUCUUGGCUGACUUGGGUCGUAAAAUCAACAAUGCCCUAAGGAAUCUGACUGCCGAAACUGUCAUUGACGAAAAAGUCCUCGAUGCCCUUCUCAAAGACAUAUGUGCCGCCCUCCUAGAAGCAGACGUCAAUGUCCGUCUAGUCCAAAAUCUACGCAAAAACAUUAAAAACAUUGUCAACCUCGACGAACUCGCUGCUGGCGUAAACAAACGCAAACUCAUACAAAAGGCCGUAUUCGACGAACUAUGCAGACUCGUCGAUCCACAGGUCGAUCCAUACAAACCCAAAAAGGGAAAACCAAACACAAUCAUGUUUGUUGGUCUACAGGGCGCUGGAAAGACCACUACUUGUACCAAACUCGCCGCAUACUAUCAACGUAAAGGUUGGAGGGUGUGUCUUGUAUGUACAGAUACAUUUCGAGCUGGUGCCUUUGACCAGCUGAAACAAAACGCUACAAAGGCCAAAAUACCAUAUUAUGGAUCAUACACGGAAGUAGACCCUGUAGUCCUCGCUGCUGAAGGUGUAGACAAAUUCAAAAAGGAAGGGUUUGAAAUCAUCAUUGUCGAUACCUCUGGUCGUCAUAAACAGGAAACCGAGCUGUUCGAAGAAAUGAGACAAAUAUCUGCUGCCGUACAUCCUGAUAAUACUAUAUUUGUAAUGGACGGAACUAUUGGGCAGGCUGCUGAUGCUCAGGCUCGUGCUUUUAGGGAGACGGUCGAUAUUGGUAGUAUCAUAGUCACAAAGAUGGAUGGACAUGCUAAAGGUGGUGGUGCCAUAUCUGCUGUCGCUGCUACCAAUAGUCCUGUAAUCUUUAUUGGUACCGGUGAACAUUUAUACGACUUGGAAGAGUUCAAGCCAAGGCCAUUUGUAUCCAAGAUGUUGGGAAUGGGUGACAUUGGAGGCUUGUUGGAAACAGUCCAAGACCUCAAACUCGACCAAAACAAAAACCUUUUCAAAAACAUUGAAAAGGGCGUCUUCACCCUUCGUGACAUGUACGAACAAUUCCAAACCAUAUCUUCCAUGGGCCCCUUAUCCAAAGUAAUGGGAAUGAUGCCCGGUAUACCGCCAGAAAUGGCAAAAAUGUCAGACAAGGAAGGAACCGCAAAGCUGAAACACUUCAUGUGCAUGAUGGAUUCCAUGACUGACGAAGAACUGGAUUCAGACGCGAAAUGCUUCCGUGAAUCACCAUCCCGUAUUUAUAGAGUAUGUAAAGGAUCUGGAACACGUAUACACGAGAUGGAAGAAAUGUUGGCACAGUUUAAAAACUUUGCUGAAAUGGUUAAAGGUAUGGGAGGUUCGAAAGGAUUCUUGAAGGGUAUGGAUCCGGCCAAGAAUCAUGGCAAGAUGAACCCUCAAGCGAUGGCCAAGAUGGGUCAACAGAUGCAGAAAAUGAUUCCUGCGGGAAUGUUGCAGCAGAUGGGUGGUAUGUCUGGAAUUCAAAAGAUGAUGAGUGAUAUGGCAGGAGCAGGUGGUGGCCCUGGAGGAUUACAAUCAAUGAUGCAACAAAUGGGAAUGGGUGGUGGUAUGCCUCAGUUGCCUGGAUCUGGUAGUGGUACCGGCCGUGGCCGUGGUAAAAGGUGA